AAACUCAGCAAUUAUUGGAAAGAUGUCAUUGUGGGGGACGCAGGCCUCUGGCCCCCUCCCCCCCCCGGGGGAGGGCUGAUCUCGGGAGGGCUGCGGACUCCGGACUCCUCGCUCGUGUGAGAGCCGCCGCUACUCAUCUCCUCGCUCGCGGGGAGAGGGCUGCCGCUCUCCGGCUCCUCUCCUGACGCCACAGCCCCUCGGGUCCGCGGGUCCUGUUUGUGGGGCAUAGCUCAGAGCUGGCACACGGCUGCCUGGAGUCAAUCCGUCGCUUCUCGGCCACUCAGACGCGAUGUCUCCACUCACACCACCCCACACACCACUCACACGCGCUGAACUGGGGGGGGUCAGGGGUCAGAGGUAAUGACGUCCUUCGCCCACGCGUUUCCGCCGAGGGCGGGCAAUGGAGAUUGUUUAAAGGGCUGCUGGGCGGGGAUUCAGAGUCGGUUUUAGAGCGACACACCAAUCGCACGCGUGGGACGGGGGGCAGGGGUCAAAGGGCAGUGACGUCACUUGUACACGCGUAGCCGAUUGGAGGGGGGUGUCUCGGAGAUGAUUUAAAGGACUGUAUGAACAAUCUCACGUGUACGCCGCCCGUUCACCUCACGCACACGUUAAACAAAAGGGUGUAUGAGUAAUCUCACAUGCCCCUGUACGAGUCCGCUGCCGCUCACCACACACACACACACACGCUAACCACGAGCUACACGCAUGGGCGAGCGCAAACACGCGAGUAAAUACGCACUCGUGCGCAAACACAGGGGGCAACGAUGCAGGAACCCCGGUCGGGCGCACACACAAUGACCGCCUCAACAGAGUUACCCGCAGCACAAAUCCCCAUACCACGAGGAGCGGACUCACACCACCAUGCGCUCGUUCCACACUCGCAGAAACCACACGACAAGGUUUAUUGAUCACCAACAGUUUAUUCUCGGCGAGUCCGAGUCUAAAUAUUCCGUAGCCCGGAGUCAGUAUUAGUAGGAUAACUAACCUACUCCCGACGAUCUAAGCCCCAAUCUGUCCCGUCUAUUUCGAACCAACCUCCCUAGGCUUCUACGCUUAAAUCCCAACUCUCUCUUUCGUACUCACAGUUCGCCUCGGAUGCGCGGGCCGUCGAGGAGAGACGAGGCUUCAGGAAGUUAUUGCUGGGAGCGGGGCCUGGCUGCGCUGAGACUUGUCUCACGGACGAUCCAGUGGCCAGCAAGCGGGAGUCUGUGACACCCAAACGUUGCACGGCAUCAUGGGGGAAUGGAGCUUCUUAGGCGAUAUCCUCCAGGUGGUGAACAUUCACUCCACCAUGACAGGAAGAUUCUGGCUGCUCAUCUUCAUCAUAUUCCGCGUCAUGGUGCUCUCAACUAUCGGCGACAAUCUCUACGAAGACGAGCAAGAGGCUUUCAUAUGUAAUACUUUGCAACCAGGCUGCAAUCAGGUUUGCUAUGACAAGGCCUUCCCAAUGUCGCACUAUCGCUUCUGGAUAUUCCAGAUUAUGGUGCUGUCAGUGCCUCCACUCUCCUUCAUCGCAUAUGCCAUACACAGCCAGACCAAGGAGGAAAGGACAGAGAAAAUCAUUGGAAAAAAAACAUUGAUAAAUACUGAAGAAAAAGUGAGGUGGGAGAAGACUAAAGCUCAGAGAAUAACCAGAAGACACGCCUUGUAUGUAGUCCACGUGGCGUUCAAGCUGGUGCUGGAGAUCGGCUGCCUCGUGAGCCAGUACUUUGUCUACGGGUUCACCAUCGAGGCCCACUUUCCGUGCGAGCGCUUCCCGUGCCCCAACAGGGUGGACUGCUUCGUGUCGCGUCCCACAGAAAAGAACGUCUUCCUCCUCUACUACUUUGUCGUCAACGUGAUAUCAGCUCUUCUGUGCUUGAUCGAGAUCAACCUUAUUGGGCUGAAGAUGUUAAGAUGGAGGCUCAGAAAAACAGAGAUUAAUGAGAAAUAUUCAAAAGAAUAUGUAUUUCCUCUGCCCUCAUGCAAGUCCCCCACCAAUAACCCUCAAUCAGAAAAUGGUAUUACAUUGAUCCUGCAUGAUGGAGUGUUCCUAAAUGGCUCUGCUCGAGACAUCACCAGAGUUCAAAACUACAGCAACAGAACUCACGAAAACACCUCGAUGAGAAUGGAGCCUCUGCCUAUGGACAUGCCUAGGCAGUCAGACAGUGCUAUGAUCCGAAGCAGAGUUGGCUCCCAGUCAGCGUUGAACCUAUAAACUGUGUGUAUGAACCACAUGAAAUAUUAAAUGUAUCCACAAAUGGCCAAAGACCACAAGCAGGAACCUGCUGACAAUGAGGCUUUCCUUUGUAAAAAAAAAAUAAGCUACAGUAAUAAUCGUGGUCCAUAUUUAUUUUUGGGUUAGGCUACGUCGUAGUUUUAUGCUGGUAACCCAAACAACAAAUAUGGAUCAUUGUAUUAGCUUCGGAAACCUACAUUUUAAACUACUAAUAGCCCCGCAUCUUUUGAUUUGGAGAACAUUUACCACAUACAGGGCCUGGCAGGGUAAUUGAAUUCAAGAAUGUUAAAAGGAGUUGAUUUUUUUUUCACGAGUGGGGAAAAUAAACAAAGUAGGAAAAGAGCAUAGGAAAGUCUGCAAUGGCCAUCUGAGCUUCAGGAAUUAGUCAUGAAUCAGCAUCUAUUGGUCUGCAUUGUCCCUGCUUUUUAUAUUGCACAAAAACUGUCAAUAAUGCAGCACAAUAGUGAAUACGAAUAUGAUACGUCUAGACUAUAUAUAUAGAUGAACUUAAACCAUUUCGAAGCACACAGAGAUACACAUUUGGUUGUGACAUUUUAGUCCACCAUCUUAAAAGGCUCAUAGGUCAUAUUUAUUCUGCUUAUAAAAUGUUACCAUUCACUACUUUCCAUUAUCCGUUCGUAUUUAUUGCAAACAUAAAUAGUGUGCUCUGUAGAGAGUUUAUCACUAAAUUACUGUAGACUUAACAUCUACAGAGGCAACCACUUCUGGUGUGAUGGACAUUUCUGUAUAUAGAUAUACGAGGGGGUGGGUGACAGCAGCACGCCCGGCCGCCUUUGUCUCCCCAGUGGCGAUGUUGACACACCACAGC